GCAUCUCUGAUUGUUUUGACAACAACCACGUGCGGCAACGACUCGGCUGCUUAGAUCUUUAAUUGAGAUCUCGUUGUGCUUAGAUCUUUGAAUUUUUCUGAAUUACACACGGCUUAAAAUGACGGACAACAAGAAACAACCGUUGCUUUACAUGGAAGAGUACAGAACAAAGCAGGAUCCACAGGAUUAUGGGCUGGCCGACGAGGUCUUUAAUAUGGACGUCUUCAAAAGCAAAUUACAAGUGGUAAUUGUUCGAAAUGAUGAAGAGCAUGGCUUAGAAUUUGAUUUGAUUGGCGUAUACCCAGCAAUUGCUAACGCAUUUCGUCGCUUGAUGCUCAGUGAGGUGCCGAGCAUGGCCAUUGAAAAGGUUUACAUAUACAAUAACACCUCGAUCAUCCAAGACGAGGUGCUGGCCCAUCGUAUGGGUUUGUUGCCGCUUCGCGCAGAUCCCCGGCUGUUCGCCUAUCGCACCGAGGAGAGCACGGAGCAGGGCACCGAACAGGAUACGCUGGAAUAUGAGCUGAAGGUGAAGUGUACGCGACGCAAGGAUGCUAACAAGGAUCAAUCUAACUUUGAUGAUAUCUACAAGAAUCACAAGGUUUAUUCAGGACAUUUGAAAUGGUUGCCUAAGGGCAAACAAGCACAGAUUUAUAGCGAAAACAGCGUUAAUUGUAUCCAUGAGGAUAUAUUGAUUGCACAGCUGCGACCAGGGCACGAACUGGAUCUACGUUUGAUUGCUGUGAAGGGCAUUGGAAAGGAUCAUGCCAAGUUUUCGCCAGUGGCCACCGCCUACUAUCGUCUACUGCCACAGAUAAACCUAACUAGGGAUGUGACCGGAAAGGAUGCCUAUCUACUGCAGAGCUGUUUCUCACCGGGUGUCAUUGGCAUCGAUGAGAACGAGUGCGCCUAUGUGAAGGAUGCACGCUACGACAGCUGCAGUCGGAAUGUGUAUCGUUAUCCCCAUCUAGCUGAUGCUGUUACUAUGGCUCGAGUGCGUGAUCAUUACAUCUUUAAUGUUGAAUCUGUGGGAGCCUUGAAGCCGGAGGUAAUAUUCUUAGAAGCCGUUCGAGUGUUGAAGAAAAAGUGUCGCAGUUUUAUCGAUGAAAUCGAGUCGGAAUAAACAUAAAACAUUUAUUUCUGUGUAUAAGUUAGUUAUGCUUGUCAAUAUAUAUAUAAUUAUAUAUAGCUUGAUAAUAAG